UAUAGUUCAACGCAUGCCAACGUCUUCAUCAACCUUCCCGCCAUCUGUUCUUGAACCUACGAAGUUUGUCAAAAGAGGAAAUGGACCACACUAGUUAAGCCGCUCACACUCCCGCGACUGUAAAGGGGCAACUAGGCUUCCGUAUUCGCGGCCAUGGCAAGUAUAUUGAAAUUCGAACCCGUCCCUCUCGAUGAUUUGCAAAGCGGCUAUGUACAUGCCCCUUCUAGCUCGAGUAUUGAGCAUGACCCAUACACACCCUUUCAGUAUGCCGAAGAUGAAUCUACCAAAAGCCUGCGACAGAAUGUCGUUGACGACAAAGAUCCGACGCAGCAUAUGUCUACAUAUCUUCCAGGCCUAGGAAAUCCGCGACGUCACACACCUUCUUGGUCGUUAAACAAGUCGCAAAACUGGACUUUGGAACUAGCCUGCGUGUUCAUCAGUCUUGCAUGCAUGGCGGCGCUUCUUGUCCUCUUCAUUUACUUCGACAAGAAGCCCUUGUCGAGCUGGCAUUUCUACUUCUCGCUCAACACCGUGGCUUCGACUCUCGGGACCACGGCAAAGUCCAGCAUGCUGUUGGCUGUAGGCUCCGCAAUAGGUCAAGGAAAAUGGCAAUGGUUCUACAACAAUCCCCAGCCUUUGCGGGACUUUGACGUCUUUGACGAGGCAACUCGUGGGCCGCUUGGAAGCAUAAGACUACUAUGGACGCUGCGAGCACGACACCUUGCCGUUCUCGGAGCCCUUGUGACGAUUAUCAGCGUGGCAUCAGAUCCGUUUCUUCAAGCCGUCGUGAACUACGAAGGAAGAUUGGAUAAUGUGACUUUGUCAGGGAGCGAAACUGAUCCUUCAGCGUUAUCAAGAGGCUUUGUCGCAAGGGCAAAUCGCUGGGCGGGCCUCAACGACUUCGCCUACACACAGUCUACUUCCCUUGAGCUUGAUGGCAACACCUACACUUCGUACCCAAAACGAGAAGACUUUGGGACCUCGUCCGCCUUUUAUUCUGGGACCAGCUCAUACAAUGACGCAGGACUCAAUGGGUCGACUCCGUACUUUAGCUGCCCAACUGGCAACUGUACGUCUCCAAUAUACACUUCGGUUGGCGUCUGCAGCAAGUGUGCGGACAUCUCAGAGUCCGUCCGAACGGCGGAAGUUGUCGACGGUCAACCCGAGGCCUACCUUCGAAGCGAGGAGAAUUUCGCGACCGCGUUUAUGAACUUCACGAAUUAUACCAUCCCAAAUCUGUGGAUUGACAACUGCUGCGUAGCCAAUGACAGUGGCUACACGUCCUAUAUGACGGCCACUCUCAGCCUGAGGCCAGAAGACACAAAUGCUUUCCAAGACAUGGAAACGAUGCUCGCCGCGAUCACGUUCCUUAGAGCCACGCCCGUGAACGGCAGCGCGUCGAAGUACAAAGACACGCUGCCCGCUGCGACCGAGUGCGCGUUGUACCUGUGCGUCAACGCGUACCAGUCCAACGUCACGAACGGCUUCCUGACGGAAACGUUGGUUGAAACGUGGGCGACGAGGGUGCCUGCGUCGUACGACGCCAGCAAGGAGCAGCCCAGCGGAGUCGAAAUCACCAACGCGUCGGCGGUGCACUCGGACGUCUGGAUGCCGCCGUACCAGCAGCUCUACAUCAACCGGUCCGACUACCAGCUGUCCGUCCCGACGGACGGCAACAAGAAGCCAACAUUCGGCCCGGACACGACGUUCGCCGUGUCGCAGGCCGCCAUCGUCACCUUUCAGGACUUCAUGAGCGGCAUGUUCGACAGCACAGUGGGCGCGGGCAACACGACGCGCAGGGCGCACGAGCUCGCCUACGGCGACGCCGCCAUCCCUUUCUACACCACGCCCAUCAUGCAGCCGUUCGUGGGCCAGGCCCACCAGCCCGUCAACAUGACGGACAUGUUCGCGCGGAUCGCCGCCUCGAUGACGAGCAACGUCCGCAACGCCGCCGCCGCCGCCGCCGCCGCCGCCGGCCCGUCCAGCAGGCAGCCGACCACGGUGCUGCGCUACGUCCUGCACUUCCGCGUCGCCUGGCCCUACUUCGCCCUGCCCCUCGGCACGGCCCUGCUCGGCGCCCUGUACGCCCUCCACACCGUCCACCGCGCCAGCCGCCCCGCCGGCCCGCCCGUCUGGAAGUCGAGCAUGCUCGCCAGCCUGACGCACGGCAUCGACGCCCGCACGCGCGACCGCCUCCGGCUCCUACCGCUCGACACCCAGCGCGAGCUCGCCGCGCGCACGUACGUCCGCCUCCGGGACGCGGACGGCGCGAUCGAGCUGCGCGCCGCCCCCGCCGCCGGCUGA